AUGAAAGCUUCUCUCCUCCGACCAUUGACAUUGACCGCUCGACUUCGCGCUGUGCAUCGCGUUAAGCCGCGUCUCAACACCGCUCGCUCGCUCGUCACUCGAGCCGACGCGACAGACCAAUCAGGAUCAGGCGCCUUCGUGCGAGGCCAAGCUCAGUUCUCGAAAUUUUACCCAAGCGAAGCGCGCGAUUUCACGUUCUCGAGACACGUGAUGCUCGCCGUCGACGGCACACAUGCCUCUGAAGACGCCGCACGAUGGGUCAUUCAAAAUGUCGUUCGCUCUGGAGAUCUCCUGCACUUGAUCCACGUCGCCGUUCCGGAAUCGUUCGGAGUUUACUACCUGGGCGCUCCCGGAACGGAGAUCGCAGGAAGCGAGCUGGAUUGGGAACGUAAAGACGAAUUCUGGGCGAGUUGCAUCCGCAGAACCGAACGCAUGCUCGACGGCACCGUCACCCACAUCAUCGGCGAAGACGCCGACGCAGGGGAAGAGAUGACGCCGUUUCGUCCGCCCAUCGAACUCGAUUGCAUCUUGGAUCAAACCUGGUACGCGUCACUUGAUAUACGUAACGCAUAUUUAUCAACCUUCGACAGGGAGCCCGUUGGCGAGGUUUUACUCAACAAAGCGAAAGAGUCCAACGCCGAAAUUCUCGUCGUCAUCAAGCAUCAUAAGAGCUGGGUCCAAAAAAUUUUCUCGGGAUCGGUGAGCGAGUACCUGAUCGACAAAUCUGAGAUCCCCAUCCUCGUGUUUCCAGCCGCGAUGCCCGCGUCUUCGGAAGACUUGAUCUUAGGCGACGAAGACGAUCAAAGUUCCAAAGGCGCGCGUUGA